UGAACAGGCACAUGCUGCUCGAGCUCGGCCUGCUGCCCGACGUCGCGAUGGCGCGGCAGGACUCGGGCCGGCUCGCGCGCUUCGCAGCCAUCUUCCCAGAGACGCGGCGCAUGGCGUCGGAGAUUGAGGAGUUUGCCGACAUCGAGGAGGCGCUGCGGUGCGGCUACCGCUACUUCGGCGCGGGCGGCUUCUUCGGCGAGAAGAGGCGAGGCCUCGCCGAGUUUUCGAUCGCCGCGAAGAUCACGACGGCGCUCUGCCCUGCCGCGGACGGCACGCUGCGGGUGGGGCACGCGGGCAAGCUGGGCGACUUCUCCGAGGGCUCGUGGGCGGACUUUUCGGAAGAGAAGCACGGCGGGACGGCGCGCGCCAGAGCUCAUCCCCCCUCCGGGUCGCUUGGGACUUCUCGGCUCCUCUCGGCUCCUCUCGGCUCCUCUCGGCUCCUCUCGGCUCCUCUCGGCUCCUCUCGGCUCCUCUCGGCUCCUCUCGGCUCCUCUCGGCUCCUCUCGGCUCCUCUCGGCUCCUCUCGGGCCACCUCGGCCGAUCCUCGGCGCAGGCGCGAGCCAAGUUCAUCGUCCCCGCGGAGGUCGACCGCGACGAGAUGUUCGUUCGGCUCCUCGGCUACGCGCGCGCGGGCGACGCGCUGCACGACGCGGCCACCGCCGCCGCCGCCGCGGGGGUCGGCGCGGCGCCUGGGACGCUGCUGGUCCGAGCCGACGCAGAGGCGCUGGCGGCGCGGCUACGCGAGGUGGGCGGCGCGGAGGCCAUGGGAGGGUACGCGCGCAUUCGCGACGCGCUGACGACGUACGCGGAGCGUGUCGACGCGGCGGCGGCGGCGCUUCCAGCUCAGCCUCAGGCGGCCGCCGCAUCGCGGUGAUGAGCGGCGAGGGGGCGGAGGGCGAGGCCGUGGGCGCCGAGAAAUCAUCAGCCACCGCUGCUGCUCCGUUGUUUCUGAGUUUCUAGGUGUGUGUGUGGAGUGUGUUGCUUCGUCGCUAGUAUCGACGCUGCGUAUGCUGCA